CAAUGACUGUGCUUAUAAGCGUCAGUACAUAGUGGUGCUCUAGUAAGCAGUACUGAUACUAGAACAUUCAUUCCUAGCAGAUUACUUGAUGUUCAGCAUUAAAAUGGAUUUGGAAAGAUAGGAAGGCAAAUUAGGAUUAUAUUUACAAUGCCUAGAGGUGACCUUUUCAUUGUGAUGCUUCUUCUUUGGACAUUUGUUGGCAUGGGGGUUGAUGGCGAAAGAGUGACAGGAGUGUUAAAUGGGCAAGUGGAGCUCAGAGGACGCUAUGGACACAAUCCAGAUGUGGGCAGUGUGGAAUGGACUAAAUAUUCAGCUAAAAAUUCAACAAAGAAACUGAUAUAUGUGUUUACUAAGCCGAACAAUACUGUAUGCACACAGCCCUGCCAAAAUAUUCGUUUUAAUUCGCAGAAUAUGAGUCUCACUUUGGUUCAUUUGACACCAGAAGAUGAAGGCAUUUAUGAGGAGAAAGCCAUAUUUAAAAAUAAUAGUAUUAAACAUUUUAAUGUCACGUUAUCUUUGGAGUGUCCAGCUUCUCUAGUUGCAUCAAAUAUCACUGUAUCUUUUUCUCUUGGCUCUCUGAUCCUGAAGUGUGAGAUCAAUUGUGAGUUUAAGCUGCUGAAAUGGUUAAGAAAUGGCCUUCCACUGCCAGAUGACCAGAGAUUCUCUCUGACUGAGAACAACACGACCAUGCAGGUGUCCAACCUGACCAGUUCAGACUGUGAGAUAUACACCUGUCAAGUUACAAAUGAAAACGGAAUAUCAGAGGUGUUUGUCAGUGUCAGAGAUAAAGGUCCUUGUCAAGUUAACACUUUUCUACAAUUUUCUGCCAUCAUAUUCCCUGUUGGAUUGUCACUCAUCUGUCUUCUGGUUUUGUGCAUCAUUUUAAUUUACGUCUGCAAAUAUUAUGGUCAUAGAAAAAUAAAAGCUACUUCCCCAGAAGAACCUGUUUACGACGAGCCCAUAUCUCCUCAGGAAGAAGCUGCUACUCCGACUCCGGAUUUGUUAAUUGUCUAUCAAGACAUCAUAAAGCCAAAUGAUUCCCAUCAGUCUGAAGACUUUGGCUACUCCACCAUUGCAUAUGUCCUGGAGAACAUGCAGCCCUCACAAACCACCUGAGCACCAAGCUCCAGGUGUAAAACAUGACCUAAUAGGAGUGUGAUGCAUAUGUUACUUUACUGUGUACGGAGCUCAGUUCUGUCUAAUUUCAGCAGGUUUCUGUGAACUGUGUUUUCUCUGUAUGAGUUUGUAGUGAUUCAGAAAGAAUCAACAUUUUUUUGGAGCACAAGGCAAAAGAAUGGUGCAGUUUUCUUCUGUUGUAACAUAUUCUAUGAAUAUUUGGAAGCUUGAAGAGGUUUGUCUAUUUUUCAUGGUUGACCAGAAGACAUAAAUGUAUCUCAGAGUAAAAAUCAUAAAUGAAUAAUUGUCUUUUGUUACAAAUAUAGAAUUUUGAAAAGAUUGGAUGAACUAAUUGCAGUUUCUUAUUUGUCAUGUAGCACAUGCAUUUACUGAGUUCAAAUAAAUCCAUGCAGUAGUUGCUGAAGUUCUAUGUGUUGUCAGCGUAUUAUUGUACACUCAUGUGCUCCCAGUGAGAGCUUGGUAGUCCUGUUCGUGUGCUUCGGCAGCUGCUAGUGCCCGGGGCCUCCUGGAGAAUGUGCUGCAUGGAAUUCGUGGGCCAGUGGAAAUAGGCCACUUCGGCAGCAUAGGACUUCCAUUUGCCCAGCUACAGACAACUUUUUGUGCAUUGUUGUGAUUCCUGCGUGGCAUGUAAGGACCCCAGUCAGUGCUCUGACCAGUCACUGUAUUCCAGUGUUCUAAUGGAGAAGGUUCGGGUGGAUAUAUUGGGUUGUUUUCCCACCACUGGCGCCAGCAAACACUACAUCCUGAUGGCCAUUGACUUUUUCACAAAGUGGCCUGAAGUAUAUCCCUGGCCAGCAAACCACUACAAAAUAACUGGGCAAGGAAAUGUUCUUCCAGUCUGGGGUGCCACAGGAUCUGCACAGCGAUGAGGUGUGUAACUUUGUAUCUGUCCUUGUGGGACAAGUGUGCCAUUGCUUGGGGAUUACAGUAACAUGCACCACCUCCCUUCACCCUUAGUGUUCACGGUUCACUGUCUCAGAGCAUGACUUGACCGAUUUCUGACAUGAUUUCACUAACUUGAUGCUGCAAUACAAUAUUUAAUAUAGAUUUGGCUAUAGAUAUAGGGCUGGGCUGUUUUGUAUACAAUUAGUUUAUAAUAGAUAAAGUUGGUGAAAUAGGAAGCACACUUUUGGAGUUAUAAACUACCAUGUUUUUUUAAAAGGUGAAAUUCCAGAAAUGUAUCAGGACAACAUUUCAACUGAUGCUCCUCCCUGGAUUUACACUCAGUGUCCUGGAUUUAAGCAUCAUUUUAAUCUGCGUUUGGAAAUAUUAUGGUAAGUCUUCUAUUUUUAAUAAGGCACAAAGUACACACUUAUUUCAAUUACAAGACUCUUUAUGACCGGUAUGAUCACUAUACUCUAUGAGAUUAAUCUUUAAAUCAGUUUCACUUGUAAAGACACUGCAUGUGAUAAAGAAUGUUUUCUCUGACAAAUAUGACAUUAAGGACGCUGUUUUUCUAACUGAAUAUGUCAGUCAGCCUGAUAAAAACUUACAAAGUACUGGGAAGGUCAGCCUCGCUCAGUAACAAAGUUGAUUGUACACAAUCAAAUGUCAAAUGAUAGUGAAUCACUUUAUUAUCUCAUUUAUGAGACAGUGGUUAAGGAAACUUUGGUUAGGCCACAGUUGCAGAAAUGCUAGAAAUAAAACAUAAAAAUCAAAACCCACACAUAUCUGCUGUGUUAUUCAUCAGAAUCUCAUCACUUCUGCAGACCUGGCAUUAACUUAAGGUUUACGCAGUUUCAUAUUUUACGCAAUACAGUACGGAGCCAUGAAGAAGCUUGUCUGUCUUU